UUGUCACGCCGACGAAGCGAGAUCAUCUGCUCACGAAGAGAGUGCAAGCGCACGGGCGGCUGCACCUAUCAAGCCUCAGCCAGCAGCAAAUCCGAAAAUCGACGCGGAGUUAUGGAGCUGCGCCUCGGUAGCACGGUCCAGCUCACCGAUCUCACGGGCAUUAAGGUCGACGGCGAACCGCCGGCCGGCGCCGUGCGCGGCACCGUCACGCGACUCGACGGCGACACGGUCGAGGCCGCCGCGACGUGGGGCUCCUUCACCUGUAAGCGAGCAGCGAUCACAAAACAUUCCGCAGGCCCGCCCGGGACCUGUGUAUUAUUCUCAGGAAAUAGGACGGGCACGUUACUCGGCUGGCGCGACGGCGCGCAUCUCGUGAGGGAGGGCGCCGCGGACGUUGAAGUGGCGACGGAGUCCGUUCAAAAGACGGUCCCGGCGGCUCAACAUUUACGAGUGCGCACGCUGUUCGGCGACGGCGUCGCUUCCACUGUAGACGCGUCGGCCACUACUGUACUACUAGACUGGGGCGCUUCACUAAAGGCGCCGCACUCAACGAACACAGUGCGCUGCCCGGCGGCGGCCGCGCUGCCCGUCGUGCGCUGCGUCGCCCAAUCGACUCAAACCAUGGUCGCGCGGUCGCUCGACACGCUCAAGUCGUUGACGGCCAAGGUCUCCGCAGAUACAAGACAGCGGUUAAGCGACCAACUAGGAGACGUCGACGGCGCCCUCGACUCGAUAGAAACGCAGCUCACCGAUACACAAUCGAUAAAGGCCCUGGCGGCGUCGACGAUGACCGACGACCUGCAGCAGCGGGCGUCGACGGCUUUUGUGGGAGGCGACGUUACUGAGCUGACGUCCGUCGCAUCGGCCACCGCCGAAAAGCUCCGCGAGGCGUCGCAGAUCGACUCUGUGAUCGAGGAGACGUCGCACGAAUUGAGCACAGUCGUCGAGGAGAUCACUCCCAUGGUUAAGGAAGCCGAGAAAGCGUCGGAGCAGGUCUCGCAAGUCGCGUACGAAGUAAGCAAUGCGGCGUCGCAGUCCAAGGCCGCCCUCAAGCUGAGCGAAGAGACCGCAAAGUUGACAGACGGGUUUUCUACGGAGUCUAGUGAAGGCGCGCUAGGUGCGCUGCAAAAAACGAAAAUAGACGACGCGACGGUGCGACAGAAGGCUUCCGAGGUGGCCACGAAAGUGUUAGCCUCGAAGCUCUUAGAUGGGGCCCUCUUCGAGAGCGCUUUUUCAGACGCGCUGUCCAGUGCAAAGAACACUGACAUAAGAUCAGUCGUCGCUCCAGUCGCCAAGGCCUGCGCGGACUUCGCCAAGGCCUGGCUCGACGAGGCCUCGCAAGUCGGGUUUUCGAAGCUGCCUCCUGAAGUGGCUGUGCGUGCGCUCGAGGACGGCAUCACUAGUGCCGCGGAUGCCGCUUUAGUUUCUGAGAAUGAUCUGGCUAGAAGGGGUCUGCUGGAGGUCGCCGUCGCGUCGGACUGCUUCGACGGGUUACUUACCAAAGCUACGUUGUCUGAUUCUGACGAUCUCACGAAACGAGCAGCGAGAUAUGCGUUAAAUUGUGCUGAGACCACGGAACUGCUCGGUGAUGCGGCGCCCGUGCUACGAAAGGCUCUAGAGAAUAUUUCUGAUAGUGGCGACGUCGCGGACGCGGUGCGAAGUGCUCUUGAUGGAGAUUUAGUAGUAGACGGCGUCGGCCAACUCGGGAAGAUCGGCGCUUCUGCUUUGGAUGCCUUGAAGACCUUAAAUAGAGACGAACGAGUCUUAUACUUCGCGCGCAUGGCUGCGGACGAUGAGGCUGUCUCAGGAGUCCUCGAGACGAUCCAGACCCUCGACGCUGAAAGUGCGGUCAAGGAAGCGGAGCAUCUAGCGCAGGACGCCCAGGCGCGAGAGGUGUUCAUAAAACGUGUGAAUGACGCGGCGCUGGCGUUCCUGCUGCGACACUUACCGGCGAUGCCCGUUCCCGACGUCGAAGAAGAAAAUGAUAACUUAAGGUACAAGGUGGCCAACUUAAAUUUGUCCAACCUCGUGAUUAAGGAGGAAAAUGUCGUUGUCGAGGUGGCCACGGGUAGCUCGUCCAAGGUGAAUCUCAAGGGUUCCGAGGAAGUGGAACCGGACCCGACGUCGUUGUUUGCCCUCAAGGCCACUAGAAUCCAAGCGCGCUUCGAGGAUCUGCAGUGGGCCGUCACGCAGAAGUCCUUUCCUUAUCUGGAGGCGGAGGGUAGGGCCGAUGUCAUUGUCGAGGAUGCGCAAGUGUCGUUGGCGCUAUGUGUGCGACGGGCGCCCGGUGUCACUGGUGGCCUGGAGCCCAAGGUAGCUCUGACAAGGUGCGACGUGAAAAUAGCGUCUCUCGACUUAACGAUGGAGGAGCACGGCCUGAGCUGGGUCUUCAAUGCCUUGGCAGCACUCUUAACCGACUACGUCCGCGACUACGUGUGUGAGUCGUUGCAGGACUUACUUAAAGAUCGAAGUCAAUAUCUGUUGGAGCCGGUCAACUCAUUGCUAGCGACGUCGUGGGCGCCCCUGUCGCGAGCCUUGCAUUUGCCGGAUGUGGCCGACCUGCCUCCGUUAGAUGAAGAUCAUGAAUCAGAGGACACGAUCGAUAUUGUGCUUCGCGCUCCCGGGGCUCUUGGCGUGGAAUUGCAGGAGCGGGUCAAGGAGGGCCAGUCAUCCUUAGUUAUUGCUGGCUUAGAGCCGCAAGGCCAGGCCAAGCCGGCGGUGGCGCAGCUGGGCUUAUCUAUUGAUGAUGUGAAGGACGCGGUGUUGGUAGCCGUCGACGGCGCGCAGUGCGCGGGGCGAGAUCGCGACGACAUCGUGCGGCGGGUGACGCACGAGCGGCGACCGCGGACGCUACGGUUCCGGUUGCGAGGCCAAGCGGCUCUUAGAAGACGCGCUGUUUCACGAGCUCGCGUAGACACGUUGGAACUGUUUCCUGCUGGAGAACCCCGAGAUUUAGAGCCGUUAGGACUGCGCCUGAAGACGCAUCCGACGAUACGGCGGGCGUGUGCUAUUGCAGCUUUAGUGCGAGGUACAAAUGAUGAGGUACUGGCGGCAGAAAAAGCGGGCGUCGUCCGAGGCGCGUUACUGUGCGCCUGCACGGGGCGGCCGCGCCUCUGGACGAGUGAGGGAGACGCCACGCCCCAGGACGUCGGUUCUGAUGUGUUGGAGGCCGCGAAGGAGGCGGCGUCGAAGGGCGAGGCCUUUUCCGUGACGCUCGCGCCGGCGCCGGACCGGCAGCUCAACCCGAACGGCGGCUUUCCCUUGGCCGUGGAGGACGGGCUCUUCUACGCGCGGCCGGGGUCGCAGCUUAUUAGUGUGGAUGGCGCGAUCAUACUACCGCGCGCGCCGGAGAAUUUAGUCAAGGACCGGCUGGCCGUCGCCGAGCGGUGCGUCGUGCGGGACGCGUAUCGGUACGAAUAUCUGCAGGCGCUCUUCGAGAAGCGCGGAGAUUGGCUCUAGUGUAAAAUGUGUGUUAGUCA